UAUCCCAGCAACCAGCUUGUGCAGCAGGGGCCCUCAGUCAGUUCCCAGAUCACGGUUCUGGUUACUAUUAAAAAAAAAGAGAAAUCUUAUGUUGUUUUUAAAGAAUUUCUUCCCUUCCAUUUGGUGAUGUUUCAGGAUAACUGCUCAGACUGCUGCAGUUUUGCUUUAAUUGCUCUCGCCGUUUGGAGCAUUGCUGUCAAUAUUUUAUUGUACUUUCCAAAUGGGGAUUCCACGUACGCUUCAGCCAACCAGCUCACUAAUUACGUCUGGUAUUUCGAGGGCAUCUGCUUUGGAGGUAUUAUGAUACUGAUUAUAGCUUCAAUCCUUCUGCUGGUGAAUAAAUAUACCUGCUGCCCCUGCUGCUGCCCCCAGACACGGACAUAUGACAUAAAAUACACUAGACUGGGAUCAAUGAUUUUUGCUCUCCUAGGACUGGUAUUCUCCGGAUAUUCUCUGAUCAUUUCAGCCCUGGCAUUAGCUCAAGGCCCAUACUGCAAGCUUAUAGAUGGAACCUGGAAUUACCCUUUCCAAAACACUGGGGGAGGGUAUCUUGUGGCGUAUUCCUCCUGGGCUCAGUGUACAGAGCCAACCUACGUGGUGGAGUGGAAUGUCAUUUUAUUCUCCCUCCUGAUUAUGCUUGGAGCUCUUGAAGUUAUUAUCUGCUCAAUUAAAGUAUUAUAUGACCUGAAAAUCAUCUUAAGUGCAUCACACUGCAUCAUACCACAGGAGACUGCACUGUGGGCACCUACAAAAUCUGGCCUUGUAUGAGAAGAUACAAGAUAUUUAAAGGGGACACAAUGUGCAAAGAACAAGAAUGCGCCAGUGAAUUAUACUUCUCUAAAUAUAGAGCAAUUGUGCUGAAAAAAGAUUGAUGUGCUGAUUUACUGAGAAAUUCCCCCAUCUCACCCAUUUCUUUCACUUCCCACUGCCUUUUCCAGACUGUGCCGGGGCACUCAGCACACUGCACUGUAGGAUAGGAACCAAUCAGCAGCUAGAUGGACCCGAUAGGGAACUGAAGCCUGUGACUGCAGCUUCAAUAUAGCCUACUAAAUGUAACUAAAAUGUUGCUAAUUCUAUAAUAAAGAUAUUUUUCUCCAAAAAAAAUAAUACAAAAGGUUUAAAGCAA